AUGGUGGGUGUUGUCUAUGUCGAGCUCGAAGCCGAAAUCGGGUUCGACGCCGCCACCGGUCCUCCUGACCUUAAGGCUGGAUCGCGGGCGGUUUGCCGGUGCAUUGCGACGGAACUGAAAGAAACAGAGUCUGGAGGGGCUCUAUGGACGCUGUGGAAGACGAGGAACGGCGUCAUCUUCAACGGCAAGGUGCUGGCCUCCCUGAAGACAAUUAUCCACAAGACAAUCUUGCUGGUCAAAUCGUGGAAGCCACUUCUCAAGCCAAAAUCCCAAGAUAUGGCAGAUACAAUUCAGGGGAAGCUUCAGCGAGGCCUGGCGGAGGCGUGA